GCAUCUCAUUGAAUAGUACUCCAAGGUGUGGUGAAAGAUGGAAGCAACUCUGGUCUGUUGGCAACAUCAAGCCCUAGAUACAUGCAUGCCUUUUUCACUUCCAAGUCUAACGAAAAAUUAAAGGAUGCUAUCACAAGAGCAAUAACUUUCAUUAACCCCACUCGCCUUUGUCCAAAAGCACAGCCUCAUCAUCUCCAAUGGAUCCACCACCUCUCCCGCCCCUCCCUACCACCACCAACAAUGCCACCACUCUACAAGUCAACUACCCCGACUCGACCGGCUCCUCGCCCCGCUCACGGAAUGCUGAAACAAGCUGGAUCGACGAGCCUCUCCCUCCUGUCCCGGGGGCCAAACUCCGCCUGAUGUGCAGCUAUGGUGGCCACAUCAUUCCUCGCCCCCAUGACAAAUCCCUCUGCUAUGUUGGUGGUGAGACCCGUAUUGUCGUUGUCGACCGUAACUCCUCUCUUUUAGACCUCUGCUCACGUCUCUCUUCCACCCUCAUCGAUGGCCGCUCCUUCACCCUCAAGUACCAGCUUCCCAAUGAAGACCUUGACUCCCUGAUAUCCGUCACCACUGAUGAAGAUCUAGACAAUAUGAUAGAAGAGUAUGAUCGUACAAACUCAGUCUCUUCUUUGAAAUCUACUUCGCGUCUACGUUUGUUCCUCUUCUUCUCCAAGCCUGAGAAUGUCGCCUCCAUGGGAUCGCUCCUGGACGAUGCCAAGUCUGAGACGUGGUUCGUUGAUGCGCUUAACAAUGCUGGGUUGCUUCCUAGGGGGUUUUCUGAUUCAGCUACCAUGGGAAUGGAAUGCAUGUUAAGUCUCGAUAGGGUUCGCGGUAGCGAUUCUUGCCCUGAUUUGGAGGCUCGGGCAGGUGACAGUUUGGGUGAAAACAAGCAAGUGAAGAAUAUCGUUCAUGAUGUGCAUUCCAUGCCUGAGUCAACUAUGGCAGAGAAUACUUCUUCGUAUGGUUCAUCUUCUUCGUCACCUUCAAUGUCAAACUUGCCUCCUAUUCGUGUUCGAGUCGAGGACAAUGGGGCUAGAGUGCUGCAGGAGCAAAAGAUAGGGAUGGAGGAACAAUUUGCACAGAUGAGUUUUGCGCCAAGUAGUGGGAUGAAGCAAGAUGAUGCUUCUGGUCUUUCUUCUGUUGUUCCUCCACCUGCUACAGAUAUGGCUUCAACUAAUCCUAUCGUUGUUUCUAAUGAGAUAGUGAAUCAUGUUUUCUCUGACGAUGAACGAUCGGAUCAGAGGGUACCAGCAGUCGGGUUUCGAAAGCCUCCAUUGCCACUGCAACCUAUGCAUAUGAAGGCUGCAGGGGGAGGUCAUAGUUUGCCUUCCCCAGAUUCGAUAGCUAGCGAUAGUAGCAUUGCAUCUGCAAGCUCCACAUCGAAACAUAUGUACUGUCAAGACCAAGGUCAUGCUGCUACAAGAGACAGCAGAGAUCCUAAUAGCCCAAGUACAAAUAAUGACAUUCCUGAUUCAUGUUCUCGAACCCAACUGCAGCAAGUUCAGGAUCCUGGCUACACGUUGCCUCCCCAGUUGGAUCAGCAGCAGCAGCAACAACAACAAUUUUUUCAUGCCAGCACACAUUACAUUCCACACCCUGCCACAGGUACAGUUCCAAUGUCAGCUUACUAUCCAGUGUAUGCUCCAUCUCAGCAGCAACUUCUUCAUGCAAAUGAUCAGCAGCAACAUGCUGUGUAUGUGAUGCCAACUGCUGCUCAGGCCCAACAGUACAAUAUGUCUAUGCAUUCUGCCAUAGCUGACUCUACCAUGAUGGCCUCAAGCCUCCCCCCAGCGCCUUCGAAUCCUACAAUGGUUACUGCAUAUGCAGCUUAUAAGGAUGCAAUCCCACCCAUUUAUCCCACGAAGACGGCUACCUCUGCCACGCCUGAAAUGGUUGGGAGUGUUUAUAGAACAACCUUGACAUCAACUCCACAAUUGGUUCAAGUCCCAUCUAACCAGUUUCAGCAACAAUAUGUGGGAUUUUCACAGAUGCAACAUCCAUCUCAGUCCAUAGCUAUUGCUUCAUCAAAUAAUGCUAAUUAUGGUUUUGAAUACACCAAUUCGCCUAAUGACCAAGUGUACUACACUCAUCAAGCUGCUCCAUUGCCUACUCAAUACCAAACUAUGACUGCAGCAGCAGCUAUAACAUUAUCAGAUGCUUCAAAACAACUUCCUACUGACUCUCUGCAGCAAAUUAGAACCUCACAACCCCUUUAAUUCGACAAGGCAAAUGAUAGAAAACCAUAGCAAUCUUGCAGGUGGAGCUCAGGAAAACUUGGAGAGAGACUACUCACGGUAGUGCUUGCAUAAAAGAAAGAAAGAAGGGUGAUC